AUGGUUCCCACCAAGACUGCUUUUCUAAAUAAUUUCAAGAUAAUUGGAACCGAAGAUUUGGUUCGUACGCCUGGUUUUUGGCUUACGGAAAACAGAUCCGCAUUGCAUGCUCGUUUCUCAGGAAAUUGGAAUUGUAAUGCAGGAAUUGAUGGUCUUGGCGGACUUUUGUUAGACAAGUGGUACCAUCUAACUUAUACACUUUCUGACUCAGAAAAGCGGUUAGAUCUGUACAUAGACAGCGAAUGGGUCGGAUUCUAUAGUAUCCAGGACGUUAAAACGCAAAAGGUUGUCUUUAAUGACGGACCAUUGUAUAUCGGACGUGCUUUCGCCAAUGGGUUCAAUGGCGUAAUUAGCAAUGUUCGAUAUUUCAACUGGCGUUUAUGUGCCCAAGAAAACAAACUAAUUUUAUAUGGCUCGAAGAUUGCCCUCGUUAUUGUAUCUACUAAUAAAUAUUUGUCUAUUAAAGGAAAUAAAUAUGAAAAAAUCAACCAAUAUAUGAUUGUUGGCAAUGGUCGGAAAAUUGAUUUGGAUAAUGAUGUUUGGACUGUUAUUGGACAGUAUGGUACAAGUGUAAUUGCAGGAAGCCCCGUGCCUUUAAAUACAAUUAUUGGAUUUAACCAUCAAGCGACAGGAGGAAAUUUACAUUCUCAUGAUAUGAAUGAUGGGAGAAUUACACCGAUAUCAAAGCAGCAAAAAGUGACCAUUAAUCCUGGUAUAAGUCGUGACAAUGAUUUUCUUAUUCAACGAUAUAAUUCAAAAUCUUCUAAAGAUGACCCGGGGUAUUUGAUGAAUGGUGAUAUAAUCUGUCUUUUUCAUAUUACAACCAAUAAGCCAGCAGCACUUUAUAGCCAUUCCGUAUUGUUUGGUGAUGGAACCCAAGAAGUUUCUUUUCAUGGAAAUGGUAAUGACGAAAAUAGUAAGUGGCGUAUUGAAUUAAUUGAUUGA